GAUGGUGAUGAUGAUGAUGAGCAAAACAAAAGCAGUGAAGAGAAUGCAUCCUUCACAAGAACUAGGCAUUUGUCUCCAAUCACCACUAUUGAUAUGAGUGCCAUUAGAGGUGAUGUUGUGCGUAAACCAUUGUACGCAUCCGAGACACGCUCUCGUGAACCAGACCUGGGAGUCUUUCAGUUCGAUCCUGAGGAUACCGAGGGUAACAGGGAAUCACCAAAAAAAACAACGGAGGGUCAUUGUUCUUUCGCGGCCCUUUGGCAAAGCCCCAAAGCAGAAGAAGCCAGCUAAGAAGGCCACUUCCAAGAAGACCAAGCCUGAAGCAAUGGUUCAUAAAAUCCAAGCUGGUAAGCCCCUGAACACCUUCUUGAGGACGUGUGCACUGUUGACGGACAUCACCCUUUCACGCGGCAAGCGCAACGUGAAGCGCCACCUUGUGACGCGACAAAGAGGGGACCAGGAGGUUGAUACGGGGAUCUGGAAGCGAGGAGAGCAGGUGCAGGAGAGGAACAGGGUCGAUGAUUUGUUUUCACCCACUGAUAAAGGGAGGAAGGAACAAGAACUGAUCAGGAAGAAUAAGCGGAGGGACGAGUACGUGGUAGCAUGGUACCUGUGGUGUCCUGGACAUGGGAAGUGCCACAGAAAGUGUGGCGGAUACGGUGCAUGUGUGGAAGGUUGCCCAGGAGUUUCCCACAAACAAGACCGUCACAACUGCUCCGUCCUGGUCAACCUCAAACUCUACCUUGGAGACCUUGACCACUGGGUAGUGACCAUCACUGGACAGCACGUUGACCCCAAGGACGCGGUCAUCUGGACCCCUCCGCCCAAGGAUAAGCUACGUCACGGUGUGGACGUUACGGACUUGAUCGUGUCUCACUGCCAGAAGGGAGAUAGUUUGGAUGAGAUCCACCAGAAACUGAUGGAGGACCCCGAACUUAAAGGGAUAGCUCCCACAAAGAGGAGAUUGACUCAUUUGUUGUAUAACAGCAGACACCUUAAGACAAAGAGAAGGAGCCAUGUUCAGGAGGAAGAGGAGGAGGAGGAAGAGAUAGAUGAUGAGGCUGAAUCAUGACAUCGGCCUUCUUAAAAACCUCAUUCUCCUAUUUUAUUUUUUACUUUUUUUUGCAAGUGCUUUUGAUCUACUGACAAGCCAACUGGCUGAUUUGAUUUGCUCAGACAAUAGAUUACAAUUGGUUAUAAGAUUACACAUUACAUUAUAAAUACAUACAGGGUAUAUAAAUGAACAGUUUCUGGUCGUAACCCGACAUGCAGUGAACAGUUACACUUCUACCAUCAAUAUAAUAGAAACUUUUGCUCAAAUUGCCUUCCUAGGAAUGAUAUGGUUCCUAGGAUAUCAUGCGAAGUGAAGUGUGUUGUGAUAUUGAGCUGCUGUAAAAUCAGAAAUUAUCAUUUAAAUGUGUAACAUGUUUUUGAAGUUCACAGGUGGUGGUUUAGAUUGGUGAAAGUGUUUCAUGUUGUGAAGCAACUGAAUCACAACUGUCAUAACACUAAAUUUUUACAAUUUCCAAAAGUUUCUUGCUACAAAAAAAGUAAUUCUUAGCAAUCCCCGAAAGUUUCAUGCAGUCGUGAAUUUUUAAAAAUGUACAGUUCACUAUUGAGGCCAUCCUUACAUUCUGCCAAGAUUAUGAUCAGGAAACAAUGUGAUACAAAUCAUCUCAAAUAAAAGAAAGAACUGAGAUAUCUGUAAUCAUUGUGAAGUCGCUUGUAAAUCAGUGAACAAAAUAAUGUUAUUGAAAUCAAUCUUCCUAUUACAUGUACAUGAAUGGAAUGACAGCCAAUUAUCAACAGCAAAUUGUAUUCCAAAUUUCUAACAUCUACAAAAUGUUUAACAUUUUUAUACUCUUUCCAAUCAAGAUGAAGCAAUUAAAAAAAAAGUGAAACAAAAUAUUGUUUUGAUUACAUUUAGAUUAAAAAUGAUGACCAUGUUAUAUGCAGGUGUCAUAGUCAAGUAGUCUAAGCUUCUGACUGGAGAUUAAAGGUCGUGGGUUCGAACCCCAGGGUAGCGCUAGUAUACAAAUGAUGCAUGCGCUUGAGUUCAUUCUAUGAUCUGUCUGCACUCGAGUUGAGGCUGUGUGUAUCUAUCGCACAAAGCUGUUAGGCUGAGUGCGAUAG